AUGGCUCCGAAGUCCCUCGGCAAAGAAAAGCAGAUCGGAGACGACGACGAAGUACUUCAAGCUGUUAUCCUCGCUGACAGCUUCAACAAGCGAUUCAGACCCCUCACGACGCGAAAGCCUCGAUGUCUCCUCCCGAUCUGCAACGCACCCCUGCUCGACUGGACAUUCGAAAGUCUUGCACUGGCUGGAGUUCAGGAAAUCUUUGUAAUCUGUAGAUCUCAUGCAGAACAAGUGAAGGAGACGAUCGCGGAAUCACGAUGGUCAAAACCAGGUUCUGGAAUCAAGAUCGUACCUAUCAUGACAGCAAAAGAAACUUUUUCUUCUGGAGAUGCCUUACGGGACGUGUAUACCCGAGGAUUAGUUACAGGAGAUUUCGUGCUGGUACACGGAGAUCUGGUGAGCAAUAUACGGGUGGACGAGGUUGUGAGGGUGCACAAAGAGAGGAAGAAGAAGGAUAGGGAUGCUAUUAUGACCAUCGUCGUGAAGGAAUGCGGAGGAGGAGGGAGAACGAGGUCGAAGGGAGACUCAUCAAUCUUCGUCCUCGACUCUGAGACGUCUGAAUGCCUUCAUAUUGAAUCUGUGAUUGGAUACCCGCGCAAAACCCAUAUUCGUAUUCCCAGAGAGAUUCUUGUGGAACAUCCUGACGUGGACAUUCGCAACGAUCUGAUUGAUUGCGGGAUCGACGUUUGUUCUGUUGAGGUACCAUCUUUGUUCCAAGACAACUUUGAUUACCUCGAUAUACGGAGGGAUUUUGUGCAUGGCGUACUCACCUCGGAUCUGCUGAUGAAGAAUAUCUAUUGCUAUGUUGCGAAGGGCGGCUACGCCGCACGGGUGCAGGAUACAAAGAGUUAUGAUUCAAUAAGCAAAGACAUCUUGUCUCGGUGGACUUUCCCCUUAGUCCCAGACAACAAUCACCCAGCGGGACAUGUAUACGAACAUAGACGUGGUAACAAAUACAUUGCUAGAGAUAACUCGGUACUUCUCGCUCGAACAAGUAAAAUCGGAAACAACUCACUAGUCGGUUCCGGGGCUCAAGUCUUCAACAACGCGCAGAUAAUAUCAUCAGUAAUCGGUCGAAAUUGCAUCAUUGGACAUAACACAGUGAUUGAUAAUGCCUAUAUUUUUGAUAAUACGAAGAUAGGUUCGGGAUGUUUCAUUGAACAGAGUAUUAUAGGGACAGGAGUUACGGUUGGGGAUGAUACGAAAAUAUCUAGAGGCUGUUUGAUUGGGGAUGGUGUUAGUUUGGCCUCGGGGAUACAGUUGGAACCGUUCGUGAGGUUGUCCAAAAGGAUUGACGACGAGGAUGAUGAUGAUUCGGAAGUUGAGGACAUCGAGGAAGAUCAAGAUGCUGCACAGGCCAGACUAGGUGUCGACGCAAAUGUCAUUGUCUGGACUCGAACUAGUUUUAGCGGUAGCGAACAUGACGAAGCGGACGAGGAUGGCGUGGACAAUAUCAAAAAUCAACGAUUCAUGCGCAUAGGUGACGACGCAGCGGAUCUAGACGUUUCAGAUGCAGGAUCGGAAUCUGGCGACGAAGAAAGCGAAUCUGAUGACGACGAGAGUGAUCUACACCUAGGCAAUUUACCUACGUCGUCGUCGACGUCUUUGGAGACUGGUGGUGUAAUCUCAUCCGACCUCAAAGCCGAAAAUGAACUCCGGCACGAAGUAAACCAGUCUUUGGAGCGGGCGUUUACGGAAGGACAUUCACUUGAAAAUGCAGCUGUUGAACUCAAGACGCUUCGAAUGGCGAGUAACGUCCCGAUUACACGGGUCCGAGAGGCUGUGAUUUCGGCCAUCGUUGAGAAAAUCUCAAUAAUUGAAGGGGGAGGGGUACCGCAACGAAGGGAAAUUGCGGGAGUCGUAAGUCGUUGGGGACCUUUAAUUGGCAAAAUUGGGGGAUUUGAUGCUGUAGAGACGAUCUCUGAACUUCAGAUUCACUGUACGACAUCGACACGUUUCCCUCUUUUUGGACAAAUAUUGGCAGCUCUAUAUCAAGAGGAUAUUGUGGAAGAAGAAGACAUUCGAGCAUGGCACAACCUUCCUGCUUCUCAAGGGGAUGGGAACGAACAGAUGAAAAAGUGCUGGCUGAUUGGAGGGCAAAUGAUUGAGCAGUUUGACGAACAAGAAAGUGACGACGAUGACGAGGAGGAAAGCGACAGCUAA